AUGGAAAAAAUUGUCGCAUUAAAGAAAGACGAAACGUCUCCUGAAAGAUGGAAAUUCCAGUUUAAUGGUGACUUAUGUUUAUGGUUUAAGCACGUCGGUAGACACUUGAUGAAUUUAGUCAUUCUUGUCAGACGUGUAAAUUUAGCACCAAAAGUCAGAAGGAAAACACUUUUUCCAACGAGAGCGAAAUGA